AGUACCACCUACCUACACACACCUAUCAUAUCGCUCUGGCUCUGUGUGGGCCAAGUGAUAAAAAAAGAAACAAUGUUAACAAUAUAUUUAAAUGGUAGUUUGCUUUCAAGUCUCAAACCGUGCUGUUGCCUGCAAUUUUAAGUUGCUGACGCUAAAAAAAAAUAAUUAAAAAAAAAUAGAUAUCCUAAUACAUAUCCCUAAGUUCUCAAACAAGAUGCGUUUUAGUCUAUUGGUCCUGUCGCUGUGUGUUUUCGCCGCCUUUUGGCCAGCAAAUGCACUAAAUUGUUAUGAAUGCAUCGGCUCCGAUUGCGAUGAUCUGGAUAAUGUGCCCGUUGUUAGCUGCAAUUUGGAUGAGAGCCCGGAAUUGACAACACCCGAUGAUGACACGGAGAGCACUACUGAUGCAACGUCAACCACCUCGCCAAGCAUCACAAUAACGACACAAACCACACCUGGUGAAGGCACUGAGGGUACAACUACCACAGCACCGACAGAAACCACACCUGAUGAAGGCACUGAUGGUACAACUACCACAGCACCGACAGAAACCACACCUGAUGAAGGCAGUGAGGGUACAACUGCCACAGCACCGACAGAAACCACACCUGUACCUGCUGGUACAGAUUCUACAACAGAAUCCCCAACAGAUUCGACAACUAAUAUAACUGGUGAAACUGGAUCAGAAACCGCAGAGAGCUCAAUAUCGACUACAGAAGAAGGCACAACUGACACCGCAACUUCACCAUCAGAAACCACACCAGAGACAACAGAGCCCAUUGCGACUACUGACGAGUCUACGGGUCCAGCGAGUACAGAUUCUACAACAGAAUCUCCAACAGAUUCGACAACUGAUGUAAUUGGAUCAGAUUCCACAACCACUACAACAUCCGGAACCGAAGAGAGCUCAUCAUCGUCAAUCACAGUUGACACCACAGCUUCACCAGCAGAAACCACGCCAGAUUCAACCACACCCACAGUUAGCUCAUCCAUUAGUGAGGGAUCUUCGGAAUUAUCAACAGCAGAGACUACAACAGACGUCUCAUCAGAACCAACCACUCCAGUAAGUGGCGAAACAGAUCCGGAAUCAGUUACUACAACAACAGAAUCAACAACGGAUGCUGUAAGAAAUAUGGCCGAACAUUUGAAUGCUGGCGAACCGAUGAAUCUGCUCAAUGAUAUUCAAAAUUUAGCACGAGCCGCUGGCUUGCGAUCGGUUCGAGCACGUCGCUCUCUGGCUGCCCAGGCAGCCGAUCAUCUAAUCCGCAAUUAUCGGUCCUUGGAGGCAACGAAAAAUGUCACUAAUUAUCGAACAUCGGCCUGCUUCAGCAUCGAAAAGGAUGGCACGAUUCAGCGCGGUUGUGUGAGAAUACCGUAUGACCAAGACGGUUGCCAGGCGGUGCGUGAAUUGGUCGGACUACCCGAGGAUUCAGUUGGUGAUCUCUGCGAUGUUUGCCAGACGGAUCGCUGCAAUGGCAGCGCCACUCUGCACAUCUCCCUGGGAUCACUGCUGCUGCUGCUUGGCGUGGGUCUAAGGAGCCUCUUCUAAGUGAUGCAUUCGCAUUGCUGUGUUUUAUUUUAAUUUUGUAUUAUAUUUCGUAUUUGUAAUCUAACAAAAUAAAAACGAAGAAAUCAUAUCGAUUAGUAAAACGAAAUCAAAA